AUGAUCCUCCGUCUGCCUCUCCGGGGUGGGGGCAAAUUCGCCAACAUCAUCAGCUCCUACGCUCCUCCGAUGACCAGUCCCGACGCCGCAAGUGACAAAUUCUAUGAGGACCUGCACGACCUCCUGGAGACUGUGUCGAUGGCGGACAAGUUGAUAUUCCUUCGUGACUUCAACUCCCGCAUUGGCACAGACCAUGCUGCCUGGAGAGGAGUGCUAAGUCCCCAUGGUCUCCGCGGAUCAAACGAUAAUUUCCUGCUCCUUCUCCGUACCUGCGCAGAACACCGUCUCAUCCUGACCAACACCUUCUUCUGUCUGCCGGAGCGAGAGAAGGCCACCUGGAUGCAUCCUCAUUCGCUUCAGUGGUACCUGCUGGAAUAUGUCCUCGUCCGGAGGCGAGACCAGAGUGACGUGCUAAUGACAAAGGCGAUCGCGUCUGCUGACGGGUGGACCGACCAUCGCCUCGUCAUCUCGAAGAUGCAUAUUCGCCUGCCGCUUCGCACGAGACCAGAAGGUAAGCGACCUCCAGGUAAGGUUAGUAUUGUCCUGUUGUUUUUGCCCGCUCGCCAUCUCCAUUUCAGCAACGAGCUAGCUCGACGGCCAGACAACCUUGCAAUCGCUCCCGCUGUCGCCGACGCCGUUGCCGUGAACGCCUCCGUGGGGAACCGAUGAUGUCAACUGCGGAACACAGUCCAGUCGACGGCGUUAGCCGUCCUCGUUCGCGCACGCCACCAACACCAGGACUGGUUCGACGACAACGAAGCCGUCAUCACCAACUUUCUCACCGAGAAGGACCGCCUAUACAAAGCCUACUUAGACCACCCCACCGAUGGCAACUUAGCUGCAUUCAACCGCAGUCGUCAACUCCUACAACAGCGACUGCACGAGAUGCAGGGCGCCUGGACGCCUCGCAAGGCUGAGGAGAUCCAAGGACACGCGGACCGCAACGAAUGGAAGAACUUCUUCUCCACGAUCAAAGUUGCCUACGGUUCGCCGCCCGUCAACUUCAGGAGAAGUGUCAGGAUAUGCGGACCCACCUGUACUCUACCUUCGUGGAUCUGGCGAAGGCCUUCGAAACGGUGA